GGGAGAUGAAGGAGCAGCUGGCGACUCUACAGGACAGUGAGAAGGGUCAUACGGAGGCUUUGCAGCUACUGCAGAGACAGCUCACCGAAACCAAGUCAUCAGCGAAGAGCCUUCGUGCUACAAUCGGCGAAGCGUUCGAGCGACUUCACCGCUUCCUGCGGGAACGACAGAAGAGCAUGCUGGAGGAGCUGGAGGCGGAUACGGCGCGCACGCUGUCUGAUAUCGAACACAAGAUCCAGCGCUACAGCCAACAGCUCCGUGAUGUCAAGGAGGGGAUCCAGAUCCUUCAGGAGCGACUCAGUGAGACCAGCCGUCACGAGUUCUUGGAAGGAAUAGCCCUGACGUCAGACAGGGAGCAAGUGAUUCGUGGAGGGUAUUGCUGGUGGAAGCUACCAAGAAUAAAGGGAAAGAUCCACGAAACCAACCUCACCUAUGAAGACUUCCCAACAUCCAAAUACAUGGGGCCACUACAGUAUACAAUCUGGAAGUCUCUUUUUCUGGAUAUAUCGCCAGUGCCUGCUGCUUUAACCAUGGACCCCAUCACUGCUCACCAGCGGCUCAUAUUAUCAGACGACUGCACCAUCGUUGCGUACGGGAACCUGCAUCCACAGCCCCUGCAGGAUUCACCGCGCCGUUUCGACGUUGAGGUGUCAGUGCUGGGAGCCGAGGGCUUCUCGGCGGGCGUCCACUACUGGGAGGUGAUGGUGUCCGAGAAAACCCAGUGGAUGAUCGGCGUGGCCAACGAGACGGUCAACCGUAAGGGCAGCAUUCAGAUCCAGCCCAGCCGAGGCUUCUACUGCAUUGUCAUGCACGAUGGUAACCAAUACAGCGCUUGCACCGAGCCCUGGACGCGCCUCAACGUAAAGAGCAAACUCGAGAAAGUGGGCGUCUACUUGGACUACCCCAAAGGUUUGCUGGUUUUCUACAAUGCUGACGACAUGUCCUGGCUCUACACCUACCGAGAGAAGUUUCUAGCUAAACUUUAUCCAUACUUCAGCCCCGGUCAAAGUCAUGCCAACGGAAAAAACGUGCAGCCCUUGCGAAUUAACACCGUGCGUUUAUAGGAGCCGAGUCAGCAGAGAAGUUGAAGAAGAAACUGAAAUCUAGGUUAUAUAAUAACGUUUCUUUCAGCUUACCUUAGGGCGCUCGGUGGGUCGCCGACACGUUACUCAAUGAAGCGAUCGGACUGAUGGAUUAUGACGUAAGGCUCUGUAGAUGCCUGGAGUUGGUAAAUAAAAUGGAGAGCCUUGCACUUUUCUGAGAGCUGCCGGUGGGCGUUUUGUACAUUUUAUUGUCGCCGGUCAUUUGUAAUCUUGCCGUGGCCGGCCUGCUUGCCCAAGAUUUCCCAGCUGCUUGUACACAACACCCCAACUUCUGUCCCUUCAGCCCCUGCAGGGUCCAAACGCUCCUUUCAUGGCUCAAGCCUGGGGAAAAAAGCUUAUCUGUUGUGCAGACAGAAAUAAAAAUGUGUUGCCUGUUUCAUUUUGUGCAAUUGGUUUUGGUGUGUUUGUGGAGACACUGAACUAGUGCUGUACAAACUUUUUGCUUUCUUUCGAACUGCGUGAUCGGUGAGUGGAAUAUUGUGUCCCUCAGGUCAUGCUGACGGAGUUUGACUGCAGUAAUCAGGCCCCCAGGUGCCCUGUAUGCGUGAAUGAUCGUGUUCGUGUUUUAUCCCCUUCUAGUCGAGAUUCAGGACUCGAACACCGCUAACGCAUCUGCUGCUAUUAUGAAAAAGGGGCCAUGACUUUGCGCAUUUGUACAUAUCGCAGAACAGGUGAUAGCCUUAGCUUUGGUGAAAAGUGCAUCCCCCGCGCCUUCCUUUUCCCUUUAGCUCGAUAUUGCUUUUAUUUAUUCAUCUUGUGCUUACUUUCUAGAACAUUCCAGUGUUUAGGGUCCCGGGACGUCUCGUUAAGAGGGUUCAAGUGUUAAAGAGGACGCUGGGUCAUCUUUCUGCUUUAACGCAUCUAAUCAGGUUAUAAGAUGGUGAAAGACAUUUCCGUUUCUGAGAGAAUACAUCCAUUGCUCUUUAGAAAAGUGUUGAAAUAGCUGUAUUUU